AUGCAUGAACUCUUUAUAGGCAGUGGUGAACAGAGCCGUAUUUUCGGCCAUUUGCUCUUAUUGUCUGCACAGGACAUCUCGGCGUACGCUUUUCACCGGCCCCACGACACCAUGGAAGAUCCAACCAUUCUUAUUCACCCACGCUUCUUUUCCACAAAGUUUCCAUACCCUGCUCGUGCCACCUUCAGCACCCCUGCCCAACUUGCUGCUCCUGAACAAACUACAUCAUGCUAUGGCGUGGAGCGGGAUAACAACUAUGUGUACAUCAUCACGGACUAUGCUGAAGGCGGCAACCUCACGGAGGCCUUGCCAAAGCUGGACUGGGAAAGCAAGCGGAGAAUCGUGGCCGAAGUUGCCCAAGGUCUGGCGUACCUUCACAGCAAGGGUAUCGUGCACAGAGACAUCAAGGAGGAGAACAUCUUGCUGACGAAGCACUGGCAGGUCAAGCUGUGCGACUUUGGUCUGGCCAAUGUCAUGGCCUCGGCUACUCAGGUGUCUUCAUUCAAAGCAAAAGGGACCCCAGGGUAUAUUGCACCAGAGUUGAUUAAUACCAACCCCAAAUACUCGACCAAGUCCGAUAUCUUUGCACUCGGCAUCAUUAUGGGAAAAAUGGUGGAGAAAGAUGCACCUUCGGACUUCACAACGCUCAUGAAAAGGUGUCUCGACAACGAUCCAGAAAAGAGGCCGACCGCAAGCGACAUCGUGGAUGGGUUGCAGGUUGUGGCCACAGUUCGCAGCGACGCUGGUGGAGAUAGUGCGGCUGAGACAGCACAUAGCCUAUCGGCGAACGACGAAUACGAUCUGGGGAUAAAGUUCUACGACGGAGACGGAGUCGAUGUCAAUCGAGCCGAGGCCGCAGAGCGAUUCCGGAGGGCAGCGAAUAUGGGGCUCGCGAAAGCCCAGCACCAGCUGGCCACGAUGUACAGCAAUGGGGACGGCGUGCUGCGGGACAUGGCCAAAGCCAUAGGAUGGUUCCAGAAGGCAGCUAAACAAGAAUACGCCCCAGCUCAGUCGGACCUUGGCUUUUUGUAUCUUUUUGGUGGAAAGGGUGAUUCCAAGCAGGGCUCUGAGCUUAUUAUGGCAGCAGCUAGUCAAUCGCAUGCCGCUGCUUUGGUAGACCUAGGCUUUAUGUUGGAAACGGGACUUGGUGGGUGCCAGGACCAUGAAAGCGCUAGGAGAUUUUACCUCAUGGCGGCAGAACUAGGAGAUGCGGAAGCACAAACGAUACUUGGAUCAUUAUAUAUGGAGGAAGAAAAUUAUGCCAAGGCUAUAGAAUGGUUGUCAAAGGCUACAGAAAAGGGAUAUGCACCUGCACAAUGCAACAUGGGUACUCUCUAUCAUCGAGGUCAAGGCGUUACUAAGAACGACUCUGUGGCCGCGGGAUGGUUUGAGAAGGCCGCUGAUCAAGGGAACCCGGCUGCGCAGUGCCGGUUGGGUGCAAUGUAUAUCCGCGGAAAGGGCGUUCUCAGAAGAAACGCGUCAAAGGGCCUUAGGCUGCUUCAUAAAGCUGCCGAGCAGGGUUCUGCGGAGGCGCAAACUGCACUGGGGGCCUACGGCGUAUCUUUAUAA